GAGACAAUAUCCACAAAUUUUUAUUUUCCUGCCUGUAUACAAUCAAAGUUAUAAAAAUAAGGUAAAAGUGUAGCUUCAUUUCUUGCAUAUAAAAAGCUGCCCGAUUCCGUUUACUUCACAUCAUUUCGUAUUGGACUUCAUUCUUUAGUUCUCAAUUACUAAAUUCAAAACAAAAAAUGGCAAGUUGCAAAUUGUUGUUUGUGCUUUUGGCAACCGUUUUCAUGUUCCUGGCUCCUGCUGUCAAUGCUCAGUGUGAACCUGAUGGUGUCUCUUGUCAACCCGAUGGAAGUACAAAUUGCUGUUCAGGCUUUUGCUACAAACAAGUUGGAUGGGCUGCUGGAUAUUGUAGAGCCCGUUAAUUAAAUUAAUAAACAACAGAAAUUUCAUCAACUCUUCAAAAUUAUACCCCCCAACUGUCGAAAUUAGUAACACAAUGUAAAUUUUUCGAUAAAUUCAAAUUCUAAAAUGUAAACUGAAAUCUAAGUGAAAAUACAAACUCUCCUAAUACUGCAAAUUAAAAA